CUUGUGAUUUCAGUUUCUGCCUCGGGAGUGUGCGGGAGAUUUAGGGAGCGUCUUCGUGCUGGUGCAUUGGAGCCGAAGAUACCUAAUCAACUCGUGGACUCAAGCUGGUCAGUUGGAGAAGGGCAACAUUUUCAGUUGGUGGUCAAGACAGAGGGGGGUAAGCCUUAGGCGCUCUGAGGAGGAAGGCAAGAUCCGAAGGAGCUGAUACGAUGGAGGGGUCCAUUGAGGAAACCGUGCCAUCGGCUCCAUUGAUACCUGGGGGAGGGGUGGCUGGGACGGCACCUCCACAACAGCAGGUCAGGGGUAGUGAACCUAUUAAAAUUGGUCAUGGCUUUGGGGACUACUUGAAAGGAGGGGGGUAUGUCAUCAAGAGGUUCCUGGGAGGGGGAGGCGGUCUGGGAACCUUCUAUGAAGCUGAGACAAGGGAAGGGAAUAGGGUGGCCGUCAAGGCCCUUUCAUUGAUGCCAGCAUGGGAAGACAUCCAGCUCUUCGAGAGAGAGGCCCAGGUGUUGAAGAACCUGAGUCCUCAUGGUAUUCCGGAGUAUGUGGACUUUUUUGAAGCCGACUCUUUCUAUCUUGUCCAGAAGUUUCCUAACGGUCAGUCGUUGGAGGAACUGGUGUUGAAGCCGGGGUUUGGGUUCUCUGAGAAGGACAUUGUGGAUAUAGCUUUGGAGGUACUUCGAGUUCUGUCAUAUAUGGAGAGUUGGCGGGUAGUUCAUGGCAGGAUCAAGCCCGCCAACAUCAUCGUUGACUCUAAGAGUGCCAAGCUGGAAGCGACUUGGGAGGGACAUGUCAAGGUGGCUGGUUUCGGGGCGGUGCAAGAUGAGUUGAUGGCGCCGAAGGUAGGAGCCAGUAGCAGUGCGGGAUUCGAGACACAUGGAUACAUGGCCCCUGAGCAGUCUCAGAACAGGAUUGUAAGUCAGUCUGACCUCUAUGCUCUGGGGGGAACCAUGCUGUAUUUGUUGUCCAGUCGACAGCCGUCCGAUUUCCUGCAGAAGCGACUCAAAAUCCACUUUCGUGACCAGGUGCAGAUGAGCGGGUAUCUGGCGGAUGUGCUGGAGAAGUUGUUGGAGCCAGCACCGGAGGAUCGAAUCCAGCGUGCACAAGAUGUGAUCUCCGCAUUGAGGAGUCCGAAACUUGUGGUAGAGGUACGCACGGGUGCAGCUGUGCGCCCAGAUGCAACUGUUGUCUUGGCCGAAGGGAGUGUUGGGGUUAGGCUCUCUCUUCAACAAAAACCGGCAUGGUCCAAGGUUUCUAUUUCUGCAACCAGUAGCGAGCUGGUCCUGGAAAUUCCACCACGUGGUUUGGUUUCAGCUGGGAUGUUUUUGGUGGCCUUUGAUGUGAUUUGGAUUGGGAUUAUCUGUGUGUUCACUGUCCUUACCCUCGUUAGCUCCUCCCCGUGGACGACCCUCUUCAGCUUGCCCUUAUGGGGUGCAGGUCUACUCCUCGCACAGUUUACCUUGAAGAUCAUCAUGGCCAGAACUCGCCUGCAGAUUGUGGCAGGGGGUGCAUUCUCCAUCUCUUGGUGUAUCAGGGGCUGCCUUGGGGGAGUUACUGCCCAUGGCCAAUCACAGGAUCUACUAGGGGCUAAAACGGUUGUGGAUAAGGGGCAUGUGACUAUGUGUCAGCUCCUUGAGGGAGUGAAGACUCAUAAUUUUGGUGGAGGUGGGCUUAGUGAGGUAGAGAGGGUAUGGAUUGUGGAAGUGAUUAAUUCUUUUCUCUUUUCAGUGCAAAACAGCCAUUUAAACCACCAGUACUUGGCCCAGCUAUCGGCCGCGGCGUUUUCCCCUUAACGCGCUGCACCUUUAGGGCUUCAGGGUACUGGACCACAAUGGCUGGAAGCGCCAGCCAAAAGAAAAUC